GCAGCAGCACACCUGAGUCGAGCCACUCCUUUCCCAGCACACAUCAGAGAUGGUUGAGCAACACGAGGAGGGGAAAUCGUUGAAGCUCAGUACAAUAUUUUCGAAGCAAACUCUGGAUUUUCCUAAGGGGACUCGUGAGAGUCCACGUUUUUUGGUCAUUCAUUUUUUGUGGUGCGUUUCUAUGUGACUCUGUUUAGACACCGUACACUGUAGGUUGGAUUACAGUGAGCCCUACUGGAGGUUUGUGACCCAACCGCCUGAUGGAGAUGUGGUCUAUUAACGUCAUCACCCUCCUGUUGUUCUGCUACGCUCGUCCUUUGACUGGAAAAGUGUAUUUUGUCUCUAAGAACUUUAACAAUACGCUUCACUGGGAUCCACCGGAAUCCGCCUCGCCGCAAGAAAAGGUUCUGUACAGCGUCCAGUACAAGAGCGACGACAUGGACCGGUUCCAGAUUAAAAAAGAGUGCCAGGACAUCACUGCUCUGUCAUGUGACCUGACUGCAGAGACCGCAUCCAUUUAUGACAUUCAAUACGAGGCUCAGGUUUUCAUCAACGACACGCGCUACGGCAAAACGACCAGGUUUAAACCUCUAGCGGAGACCGCGUUCGGUCCACCAGGACUGACCGUAGAAGCAACCGCGUCCUCCCUGGUGGUCAAUGUCGUCCUGCCUCCGGGGCCGGACGGCGCCUCCAUCGCCAACAUCAUCAACAGGAGCACGGGCGGUCACUCCAAGAACAUCAUCAUCUACACCCUAAAUAUCAUCAAGCCGCAGAAGGCGGAGGUGGUCAAGACGAACACAAACCCACAGUUUGUCAUCGAUCUGAAGGAGAAUGAGGCGGAGUACUGUGGCCAUGUGGUUUACAACACUUUGUCUGAAUGGGGCCGCUCACAGAGCCAAAAAGCCUCCUUCUGCCAUUCUGUCAAACCGCCAGGUGAUUAUUCGAAGCUUCUCCCGUGGCUUCUCGUCGGCGCAGGGCUUCUUGCAGUGAUAAUGCUGGUGUUGGUUCUGUGUAUGUGGAACUAUGCAAAGGGUGGAAAACAACCCAGAAUGCCACAUUUACUGGUAGAAAAUCUACACACUCCACAAAAUGUUCUGCCGAAUCCAUUUGAGGUUCUGAAGACCGUUACUGUCUACACGACCAGUACGGUUAAUGGCACGAACCCAGUGGAGCCGAGGGUCCUCCCAGUUGGCCCGGUUGACCCUAAAGGCUAUUGCCCCCAGGAUCCUAUCUUCCAGGACAGCUCCGGCUCCUCUGUGGACACAGCUGAACACACUCCCACCCCCACUCCUCAGGACACCACUGCCCAGUCUGACUACGGCGCCGUGGUGGUCCAGCACGUGAACCCUCCGCAGCCUGAUGCGGACCAUCCAAGCAACAGUCGCCCACAGCUGUUUUUCAGCCGCGGAACCGUCCCGUCACCGGACCCGGAUGCGACGGAGGGCGAUGCGGCCGAGCCGCUAAUGUUGCACAUCGAGCGCACUCCCGACGGACAGCUCGUGCUGUCGUCUCUCUUCUCUCCGAUGCGAGGCCGAGGAGGCGAUGACGCCGCGCCGCUUCCCGCAGACAAGGAGCCUCUGCUGUCGGACCCCAUCGACGUCAGGGUGGAGGCGCCGUCGCGGGCGUCGCUGCAGAGCUUUGACAGCUCAGAAUGGUCGGACUCUGGCUGCGAUGACAGCAACGCGAACACACCCACCCACUGUUCCCCUUCUCAGGUCAUAUUUGAGUCCGGCUACAAGCAGAACUGGAUGCCUCGAAUCCUUCUUGGAGACGUGGGCGACGGCAGCUUCAGCCACCAGAGGAACUUUCCUUGACUGUGAUGGUGGCAGAGAAAAGAGCGGAGAACCCGGUUCUUCAGAGAACGGUUCUCCACUCCAGAAACUUCAGUUUCUUGUUUUUUGCUGUGAAGCUUUUGCCUCAGUAAAGUAAUACUCAGACCGUUUUCAUGUGAAAAUAUACAGUACUCCAGAUUUAUCCUGGAAAUCACUACUAUACCGCCUCUGGACAAUUUAAAUACUCCACUGUUUCUAUUUAUUAACACACAAAUGUAAAAUGUCGCUGCAAAGAAUAGACAGCCGUGAAGGUUCAGGUUCAGGAAGAUGCUUCCUGUUUUUAUUCCUCGAUUUCAUUCUCUCUCUGACUGAUGUUUAUGAAUAAUCGCCUUGUUCUUAUGCUGUAUAUAAUAUAAGCACGAAAACAGGCACUAUUAAUUUAAUGACAAUAUAUUUUAAGUCUUCCUAAAGUUGUGUUUAAACAACUACGGUGUUUAAUGUGAGGGUUUGAGACCCUGCAACGUGUUUGGAGCGGACGUCAAUUAAACUAAACACACAAAGGUCUGUGUUUACAUUCAGAUAGGAGAUGAUCCUUUGUUAUGACGUCUCCUCAAUAGAGGUUUUCCUCUUCAGGGUUUAUUGUACAUAUGGACAACAGAUACACAGUGUGAGGAAUUCACCGAUUACUUGCACAUGAACUUUUUUGUGCAGCUGGCUGCAGGGUGCGCCUCCCGACAGUUUAAGUAACACCUAGUUCUGUGUUUGUGUGCCAUCACUAUGACGACAUAUGGUUGCAAUUUAUUACCCUCCCUAAUCACACAAACCCAGUCUGGUGACUUACUUGUUAAUUACAAUGUGGACAGUCAACCUUGAAGAUUAGAUAUGAAGGACAACUGGUUGGUAUUGGGGCUGAGCCCAGCUCUGUAGUCCAAACCCUGUCACCACCUUUUCAGCUGGUUGAACUGGAACUAAAUGACUGAAGUUCACUUAGGAAUGAAAAGAUCCUGACUUAUGCUCACGUUUCAGUGAUCUACGCUAUGAAGAAGUCUCUCACCAGCGAUGAGUUGCGUUUUUCUGUCAGGGUCAUAGUGCAGCCUGAGUCACACUGAUAACAAGGUUUUCAUUGCAUGACUGCAGUCUUUCACACUUGUUAAGCUAUAAUGUGAGGUGUGCCGAAACAGGAAAAAGCGUGUACUGUAAAUAAAACUAGUUUUCCUCUGCGUUUAUAAGUCAUUUCUAUUUAGUGUUUUUUUUUAGGGUUAAAAAUGUUCUAGGACAUCACUGUAACAUUUGUGGCAAUAAGACUUUACUUAAAGAUUAAAAGCCCACAUUCAGCCUCA